AUGGAUUUACGAGUAACAUUCCUCUGGGCUCUGAUUUUGGUGGUCACACUCUGCGCUGGUACACCAACAUUGAUCGCUGAGCUCGAUUAUGGGACCUUUGAAGGGUCAUACUCACAAGAGUACAACCUAAGCUACUGGCAGAAGAUCCCAUUUGCGGCUCCCCCUGUUGGACAGAAUCGCUUUAGAGGACCCCAGCCACCCAAGCCUAUCACCAAUGGCACAUACAACUCGACACAAUCCUUCGAUAUGUGCCCCCAGCGCAGUGUAAAUGGAUCUGAAGACUGCUUGUAUCUUGGGCUCUACUCGAGACCUUGGACAGAGGGGCAAGCUUUGCGCCCAGUCGUGGUGGUAUUCUAUGGUGGAGGCUUUAUUCAAGGCAGUGCUUACUUCUCCGUCCCACCUUCUGGCUACCCAGUACUUAAUGUGUCUAAUACAAAUGACUUUGUUUUCGUGUACACGAAUUACAGAGUCAAUGCUUUUGGUCUCCUCCCUGGUAAAGAGAUUGCCGCUGAUCCGAUGUCUGACCUGAACCCCGGACUCUUAGACCAACAUGCUGCACUGCAAUGGACUAACAAACACAUCUCACGAUUUGGUGGUGAUCCGCAGAAUGUCACCAUCUGGGGGCAAUCAGCUGGAGGUGGUAGUGUAGUGGCGCAGGUCAUUGCUCAGAACGGGAAGACCAGUCCAUCUUUGUUCUCCAAAGCCCUGGCGUCAUCUCCUUUCUGGCCGAAGACUUACAAGUACAACGCACCUCAAGCCCAAGCACUAUACGAUUCUCUUGCUGAGCUCACCGGCUGUGCUGGACCCAAUUCACUGCAAUGCCUGAAGACUAUAGAUGUACAAACCAUUCGAAAUGCCUCCCUGACCAUCUCGGGGUCUCGUACGUACAACACAUCAUCUUAUGCUUGGUCACCCGUCAUAGACGGCACAUUCUUGAUUCAGCCGCUUUCAAGUGCUACGGCAAAAGAACAAGUCAACAUCGAUUAUGGAUUUGGUAUGUACAACUUACAUGAAGGAGAGAAUUUUAUACCUCCAGGCUUGCAACACGCGACCAAUUCUGGAACACCUCCGUUCAACUCAUCGGUCACGUCUCUCACUGCUUGGCUGAAGGGCUAUCUCCCGGGUCUCUCGGAUCGCGAUAGAGCUCGAGUGCUGUCUCUGUAUCCUACAGAAGGCUUCGCAGAAGGUCUCGUAAGCUACAACACCACAUACGUUCGAGCAGGACUCAUCUUUCGAGAUACCGUCCUCGCCUGUCCGGCGUACUGGAUGGCCGGCGCUGCUCAUAAGAAGUCCUACCUUGGAGAGUACACAAUCUCUCCAGCGAAACAUGCUUCCGACACCAUCUACUGGAACCAAGUCAACGCAGUGCAGAAGUCUGAUCCCUUGACCUACCAGGGAUAUGCUGGAGCAUUCGCAUCAUUUUUCCAGACAGGCGAUCCAAACGCUCACAAGUUGACCAACAACACUGUGGCCGGAGUGCCGGAGAUAGAGUCAGAAGAGCAAUUUCUAGUCUCUCAAGAUGGCUUUUCUGACGUGUCGAUCACAUUGUUAGCUCAGCGAUGCGACUAUUGGAGGAGCGUGGCACACAAGAUACCGAUAUGA